UGCGAGAAAAUCGAAAUGCCCCUCUGCUUCGAUAUGAGGUACAACCUCACCAGGAUGCCAAACUUUUUUGGACACCACACUCAGCGAGAGGCCUCUGAUGCAAUUGAGGAGUUUCUGCCGAUGGUUAAGUUGGGUUGCUCCAAACUCUUCCGAUUUUUCUUAUGCACGAGGUACGCACCCCUCUGCUCAGAACAGAACGAAGAAUCCUUCAUCGUCCCACCGUGUCGAUCCCUCUGCCUCGAGGUCAAAAGGUCAUGCGCCUUCACCCUUGCAAAAAUAAACAUCACGUGGCCUCCAACUUUGAACUGUGACUCACUUCCGGCCCGCAGUGACAGUGAGGAGCUGUGCGUCCAGCCACCGAAAGUCAAGGUUUCAGCAGCUGCUGGUGAGGUUGGCGAUUACUUUGAUUAUGGAGAUGGAGCUGAUUUUACGCCCGUCACCUCGAAGAAAGAUAAAGAUGGGGGAAGUGAGAGGAGAGGAGCGAAGGAGGACGUCGGCUCUCAUUACAAAUGCCUGCAGAGAUGCAACAGAAACAUUCUUCACAGUGCCCGUCACAAGAUUUUCACCAAAAAAUUUCUAAAACUCUGGUGGAUAAUUUCGAUGGUUGCAUCGUCAUUCACGUUUUUGUCAUUUGUGGUGAACGCCUGCAAGUUUAAAUAUCCAGAGAAACCGAUAGCCUACGUGUCUCUGUGUUGUUUGUUGAUGGCGUUGACGAGUUUAACGGCGGUGGAGUUGUUUGAUGGUGAGUUUGCGAGCUGUAGUAGUGUCGAUAGAAUGCAUCAUGUAGUCCCAAACAACCAACAUCAUCGUCUGAGUACUGGCGAAUUUUUCACAUCCCUAAAUUACUACACCCAACUUUCCAGCCUUCUCUGGUUCCUAAUUCUUUCCACAAUUUGGUUUUUAGUGGCGACCAAAAAAUGGGGCGAGGAAGUUCUCGUUUCACUUUCCUGGUUUUUCCACAUUCUCGCCUGGGGUUUUCCAGCUGGCAUAGUGGCAUUGGCUAUUGUUACACGUGAGAUAAACGGCGAUGAACUUAUACCGAUUUGCCGGAUCGGAUACUCGAAUACUUUGUCGGUACUGUACUAUCACGCCAUACCGAUUUUAGCUUGUAUCUCGGUAGGAGUUGGGCUUAUGAUCGUCGGUUUUGUCUCGGUUUCGAGAGUGAUUCGUGGUUUGAAGUUGUUUGCGGAAAGAAAAACAGAUGCGGAAAAUUUGGAAAAAGUCGUUUGUAGGUUGGGCGUGUUUUCGCUACUCUUCACGACAUUCGUGAUUUUAAGGUUGAUCUGCCUGGCAGUUUAUUACUUUCAAAUUGACGGCUGGCUGGAGAAAUCGGAAAAAAUUUCAAAAAAAUGUCGCGGGGAUGAAUGCGAGUUGGAUGACGAAGACUAUCCAGGUAGUUUUAGUUUGGCUCUGUUGGAAAGUUUCUCGAUGAAUUCGUUGAGUGUGACGACGAUUGCUUGGGUUUGGUCGUGGAAGACAUUUGACAAUUGGUUUCAAAUU